AAACGGGUAAAAAAACCAUAAACUACGUGAAUGGGAGCCAGAAUAUUUUGUUUUUCAUAAGAAAUGGUAUUUCUUGCCUAGCAGUGCUUUCAUGUAACUAGUAAAAACAUGUGGUGGGUUGGACUGAAUUGUUAGAUAAGAUACUCAUAAAUUAUCUGAGGUUUCCUUGGGCAAGCGAUGGGUGUGAGUGCCAAAUGGGUGGUGCUGUGGUCGCUGUGGGCGGCGCGGCUGGUGCGGCAGCCGACGCUGCCGGUGCGCGUGAGCAGCGGCUGGCUGCGCGGCUCCGUCUCUCCUGACGGCUCGCACGUGGAAUACCUCCACAUUCCCUACGCCUCUGUAGUAAAGAGGUUUCAGGCACCAGGACCUGCGAGAAAUUGGACAGGAACAUUUGAAGCGAUCGAGGAAUAUCCCACAUGCCACCAGACACUCGGCCGCAGAAUACAUUACCUUAUCGGGCAGGAGGACUGCUUGUCGCUCAACGUCUUCACGCCCCUGAACGUGGCACCAGACAGCAAACUACCAGUCCUCGUACACAUACAUGGUGGAGGAUAUUUCGAAAACUCUGCGUCACGAGGAACUUUCGGCCCUGAAUUCAUAGUCAGAAAAGACUUAAUACUCGUCGUUAUGAACUACAGACUAUACAUACAUGGGUUCCUAUGUUUGGGUAUUCCAGAAGCACCGGGUAAUGCCGGCAUGAAGGAUCAAGUGGCAGCGUUAAAAUGGAUCCAGAGGAACAUACGGGCCUUCGGCGGCGACCCCGACAGCGUCACCAUCAACGGCAUGAGCGCGGGAGCCACCGCCGCGGCCUUGCACGUCCUGUCGCCGAUGUCCAACGGCUUGUUCCACAGAGCCAUUAUUCAGAGCGGCUCUUCUAUUGCCGACUGGGGCGUCCGGCUCGACCCCUUGGAGGUGGCGAGCAAAGCGGCUAAGUUUAUGGGUUUCAACAGCAAAAAUCCCUAUGAGCUCUACAAUUUUUAUAUGAAUAAAACCGAUGCAGAGCUUAUCACAAGAAUUCCACAAGAGGAAGGUCUAACUAUUUUUCACUUAGUUCAGUUUUCGCCGUGUGUCGAAACACACAAAGGAGGAGAGGAGCCGUUCCUGACGGAGCUGCCGUACAACCUGCUGUCCAGGGGAGAGGUCAACAACGUGUCGAUCAUGAUCGGCACGACCAACGCCGAAGGAAUAAUGAUGAUCGGUGCCGAGUUGGACGAGACUCUAGAUUCGUUGGACACUGAAAAGAAUUUGCCUGAAAAUUUGGCUUUCCCGUCGGCACUGGCUCGGCGGGAGUUUGCAGAUGAAGUGAAAAAGCUUUACGUGGGAGACGAGGAACUAUCGUCGAUUAACAAGACUAAAUUGAUUUAUUAUUUUGGAGAUCCGUUUGUUAGCUACCCAGUGUUGGAGGAGACGGAUUUGUUGAUGAGAGCCAGCAAGCAGCCGGUGUACUCGUACUUGUUUGGUUACGACGGCGGCCGCAACAUCAUCAAGCGCUUUAUAUGCGGCCCCGAGCUGCGCGCCGCCGCCGGCGCAUCCCACAGCGACGAUAUGUUCUACGUGUAUCAAAUCAUUUUUAUGCCAACGUUUUUCGAAACAGAAAUGAUUGACAAAAUGACAACAUUAUGGGCUAACUUUGCAAGAUAUGGGGACCCGACGCCGGAACCCACGGAUCUCAUCCCGGAGCGCUGGCUGCCGGUCACCCCGGACCACCAGCAGAGCUACCACAUCGACAGGACCUUCUCCAUGGGGCCCAUGUGGUACAACCAGAGCUUGCUGUUCUGGAGAGACAUCUACUCCAAGUACAGAAAAUUGUCGUGACGUGGUUUUGAUAAAAAAUUUAAAUAAAAUUAUAUGGGUAGGGGAGACCGAGGAGAGUUGUAUCAGAGGAGAGUUGCCACAUUGUAAAUUUUUGGAAACUCGCAACAGCGCGCAUUUGGUAGCUCGAGACUUGAACUAAAAACGCCCAUUGUUACGAGCUAGUUAAUAAGUUCCAAAAUAUCGACAAUGUCACAACCCUUCUCUGUUUGUUACAGCUCACCUCGGUCUCCCCUGUGUCAGUAUUUUUUACUGCAAUAGCAGCAGUAUAAGGAGAAUAUACUGAGUAGUUUAAACAGACGUACUGUUGUGAAAUAUGCUUGAAUGUCCUCAAUAAAUAUUUUUAUUGUU